CGCAGCGCGGGGGCGCAGCGCAAACAUGGCGGCGGCUGGCACGGGCCGGUGAGGCGGUACCCGGAGGGAGCUGCCGGGUGUCAUGGGCGGUGGCAGCGGUACCGCCCCCGCGUCACCCUGAACGGGACAGCAGAGAGGGCCCUCCGCGCCGAACCGGGAGAUGGACGAGAGCGGUGAGCUGGGCGGUCUGGAGACCAUGGAAACCCUCACGGAGCUGGGCGACGAGCUGACCCUGGGGGACAUCGACGAGAUGCUGCAGUUUGUCAGCAAUCAAGUGGGAGAGUUCCCUGACUUGUUUUCAGAGCAGCUGUGUAACUCCUUCCCUGGUGGAGGUGGUAGUGGCAGCAGUGGAGGAGGUGGCAGUGGCAGUGGCAGCAGCAACAGCAGUAGCACCAACAGUGGCAACAGUGGCAGGGGCAGCAGUGGUGGAGCCGUGGAUCCCUCCAUGCAGCGGUCCUUCAGCCAGGUCCCGUUAUCCUCCUUCUCUCCUUCGGCUCCCUCCCCCCAGGCACCAACCCUGCAAGUCAAAGUCCCUCCAACUGCAGUUCCUACCCCACCGAGGGCAACACCUGUCCUCCAGCCUCGGCCCCAGCCUCAGCCUCAGCCUCCAGCCCAGCUGCAGCAGCAGACAGUCAUGAUCACCCCAACGUUCAGUACCACUCCUCAGACAAGGAUAAUCCAGCAGCCCCUGAUAUACCAGAAUGCAGCCACCAGCUUUCAAGUCCUUCAGCCUCAAGUCCAAAGCCUGGUGACGUCAUCCCAGGUACAGCCAGUCGCCAUCCAGCAGCAGGUGCAGACUGUACAAGCCCAGCGGGUGCUGACACAAACAGCCAACGGCACACUGCAGACCCUUGCCCCGGCCACUGUGCAGACAGUCGCCGCACCACAGGUGCAGCAGGUCCCGGUCCUGGUCCAGCCUCAGAUUAUCAAGACAGAUUCCCUUGUUUUGACCACACUGAAGACAGAUGGUAGCCCUGUUAUGGCCGCAGUCCAGAAUCCAGCCCUCACUGCCCUCACCACCCCCAUCCAGACGGCUGCCCUUCAAGUACCAACCCUGGUGGGCAGCAGUGGCACCAUUUUGACUACCAUGCCUGUGAUGAUGGGGCAAGAAAAAGUGCCCAUUAAGCAGGUGCCUGGGGGAGUCAAACAGCUUGAGCCCCCCAAAGAAGGAGAGAGGCGGACAACACAUAAUAUCAUUGAGAAGCGAUAUCGCUCCUCCAUCAAUGACAAAAUCAUUGAGUUGAAGGACCUGGUCAUGGGGACAGAUGCUAAGAUGCACAAGUCUGGAGUUCUGAGGAAGGCUAUUGAUUACAUCAAAUACUUACAGCAGGUUAAUCAUAAACUGCGCCAGGAGAACAUGGUACUGAAGCUUGCAAAUCAGAAAAACAAACUCCUGAAGGGCAUUGACCUAGGCAGUCUCGUGGACAAUGAUGUGGACCUGAAGAUGGAUGACUUUAAUCAGAAUGUCCUUCUGAUGUCCCCCCCAGCCUCUGACUCGGGAUCUCAGGCUGGCUUCUCCCCCUACUCUAUUGACUCUGAGCCAGGAAGUCCUCUUUUGGAUGAUGCAAAGGUCAAAGAUGAACCGGACUCUCCUCCUGUAGCGCUGGGCAUGGUGGACCGCUCUCGGAUUCUGCUGUGUGUUCUCACCUUCCUGGGCCUCUCCUUUAACCCCCUGACUACCCUGCUGCAGUGGGGAGGGGCCCGAGACUCAGACCAGCAUUCAUACUCGGGCUCUACCCGCAGUGUGCUAUCAUUCGAGUCAGGUUCUGGGGGCUGGUUUGACUGGAUGAUGCCAACGCUCCUCCUGUGGUUGGUAAAUGGUGUGAUCGUCCUGAGCGUCUUCGUGAAGCUGAUGGUCCAUGGGGAGCCAGUGAUGCGGCCACACUCGCGCUCCUCGGUCACCUUCUGGCGGCACCGAAAGCAAGCGGACCUGGACCUUGCCAGGGGGGAUUUCGCAGCUGCUGCUGCCAACCUGCAGACUUGCCUGUCAGUUUUGGGUCGAGCACUGCCCACUUCCCGCCUGGAUCUGGCCUGUAGUCUUUCCUGGAACGUGAUCCGCUAUAGCUUACAGAAGCUACGCCUGGUGCGCUGGUUGCUCAAGAAAGUCUUCCAGCGCUGGCGAGCCACCCCAGCCACCGCAGCUGGCUUUGAGGACGAGGCGAAGAGCAGUGCACGGGACGCGGCCCUGGCCUAUCAUAGGCUGCACCAGCUGCACAUCACAGGGAAGCUCCCCACAGGCUCUGCGUGUUCAGAUGUGCACAUGGCUCUGUGUGCCGUGAACCUGGCGGAGUGUGCUGAGGAGAAGAUCCCGCCGAGCACAUUGGUGGAGAUCCAUCUGACAGCUGCCAUGGGGCUCAAGACCCGGUGCGGAGGCAAGCUUGGCUUCCUGGCUAACUACUUCCUCAGUCGCGCCCAGAGCCUGUGCGGGCCCGAGCACAGCGCCAUCCCAGACUCUCUGCGCUGGCUCUGCCACCCUCUGGGCCAGAAGUUUUUCAUGGAGCGGAGCUGGUCAGUGAAGUCAGCGGCCAGGGAGAGCCUAUACUGUGCCCAGAGGAACCCAGCUGACCCCAUUGCUCAGGUCCACCAGGCCUUCUGCAAGAAUCUGCUGGAAAGAGCCGUGGAGUCCUUGGUGAAACCUCAAAUCAAGAAGAAGGCUGGAGAUCAGGAAGAAGAGAGCUGUGAAUUCUCCAGUGCUUUGGAAUACCUGAAAUUGCUUCACUCUUUUGUGGACUCUGUGGGGUUUGCAGCCCCACCAUUCUCCAGUAGCUCUGUGCUCAAGUCAGCCCUUGGUCCAGACAUCAUCUGCCGCUGGUGGACAUCCGCAGUCACAUUGGCCAUCAGCUGGCUCCAGGGAGACGAUGCAGCUGUGCACUCCUGUUUCACUGAUGUGGAGCGUGUCCCCAAGGCUCUGGAAGUGACUGAGAGCCCCCUGGUAAAAGCUGUCUUUCAUGUCUGCAAAGCUCUGCACGCCUCGCUCUCUGGAAAAGCAGAUGGGCAGCAGAAUUCCUUCUGUCAUUGUGAGAGGGCCAGCGGCCACCUGUGGAGCAGCCUCAAUGUCAGCGAGGCCACCUCUGACCCUGCCCUCAACCACGUGGUCCAGCUGCUGACCUGUGACCUGCUCCUGUCACUGCGGACAACACUCUGGCAAAAGCAAGCAAAUGCCAGCCAAACCCUGGGCGAGACCUACCAUGCGUCGGGCACCGAGCUGGCUGGCUUCCAGCGGGACCUGGGCAGCCUGCGCAGGCUGGCACACAGCUUCCGCUCAGCGUACCGCAAGGUGUUCCUGCAUGAAGCCACCGUGCGCUUGAUGGCAGGAGCCAGUCCCACUCGCACGCACCAGCUGCUGGAGCACAGCCUGCGCCGCCGCACCACCGAGAGCACCAAGCAUGGAGAGGUGGAUGCCUGGCCUGGUCAGCGAGAGCGGGCCACUGCCAUCCUGCUGGCGUGUCGUCACCUUCCCCUCUCCUUCCUAUCCUCCCCGGGCCAGCGGGCCGUGCUGCUGGCCGAGGCCGCCCGCACGCUGGAGAAGGUGGGCGACCGGCGCUCGUGCAACGACUGCCAGCAGAUGAUUGUCAAGCUGGGUGGUGGCACUGCCAUUGCCGCUUCUUGACCACCAGGUGUGGCACACUCCUCCUGCCUCUGUCCUAGUGUCUCUCAGACUGUCUCCCUGCUCCCCGAGUCUGUUCUCCUCUUCCCUCUGAGAGCAGCAGAGUGGCCUCCUCUUCUGAGCUGUUAGCUGCUGGGCUCUUGGACCGCCUCAGGCCAGAGCACCCAGACAGAGUCCCCCAAAGCCGUAGUAUUAGGCACCUUGGUUUGCACCCUAGUGUGUGCCGAGGGAAGACCUCGGGCAGCCAUGGAGCGGGUCCUGCCCCCUGCUGCUCCAGCCCUCGGAGACCCUGCAUAGCUCCCUCUCCGCUUCCUCAUUUUUUACAGGCUUUCUCUCUGGGGGCCAGGGCUCUGGGCACCUGAGAGCACCGCGCCCUUGGGACAGUACCCAGCACGCCCUCCCCCUUUUUAUAUGAAUGUUUUUAUAUCAAUGUGCUCGGGGCUGCCGCAAUGCAGGUGAAGUUGCUGUGGCAUCUUUGUGUCUCAUCCAGGGCCCGCUCCCUGCCUGUGCCUAAGCAUUGUUCUCGUAUCAUUCCGUGGGGUAGCCGGCACGGGAAGCAGGGGCAGGCCUUGGGAUGGGUAAAAUAAUGUUUGCAUUAUUUUUUUAAUUUUUUUAAAAAAAUAAACGGUAUCUUAUUUAAUUGUUCUGUUCUUCCCACUCCCCUGCCUCCUGGGACCUCAGGCCAGCUCGGGGUAGGCCCAGGGGCCGGGAAGGGUGAAACCACCUGUCGGGCCUGGGGCUCAAAGGUCUUCUCUUGGUUCCCUCCUACCCCCACCCUGACUCUUACCUCCACAAUACAUUCUAUUCCUAAUUCUUGUCCUGAAAAUGAGCUGUGGUAGCAGGGACCACCCCCAGUCCCUCCCCAGUGACAUGCCUCUUCUGGCUGGGGACCAGGAACCAGGGCCCUCACUUUGAUGGGGUCCUAGAGUAACUAAUCCCUUUCUUCUGGAUCCCUUGGCUCAGUGCCUCCCUGGUGACUUCCCUGAGGGCUGCAGCCCUCAGGCCUCUGCAGGGGUACAGCACAGCUGAAGGGGUACACUCAGCAGGGCUCCUGUGGUCUGCAUGGGCCCCACCCAUUCUUGAUCUCUUGCCCCUCCCCCAACACUGUAAUUUAUGUACCCUGCCCAACAGGGCAGCCCAGCCCUUGUGUCACAUGUAUAUACUGUGCCUUUUCUCCUGUUUUGUUUUUUUUUUUUAGGGAGGGGGGGGUUUCACUGAAAAGGGGGAUAUGCCUAUGGCUUCCUUGAUGUCCAGUCAUUACCAUGUCUUGGACAUCGGUUACUCAAUAAACACAAUUGGUACCACCCA